CGACCAUCCGGCACCUCUCUUCCCGCUGCUCCCACAGAAGGUCCGUGCUACCGGCCAUCCGCCUGGCAUCCAGCUUCCCAACUCGCCGUGCCUCCUGCCUCCUGCCUCGCAAUCGGUCCUAGCUCGGUGUCUCCGCGCUCUGCCCCGCGCCGGCGGAUCUUUUAAAACGCGGCCUGCACACACCCGGAGCCUCUCACGCUCCAGUAUAGUCCACACAUGGCUCUGGAUACCCUCACCUGGCUGCUCUGUUCUGGCACCCUGGCUCUGCUUCUACUGCCCGACAGUUUCUGGGCUGCGCGGAGUGGUACCCACUCUCUUUGCCUCGACUUCACUGUCAAAUCUCAGUCCAGACCUGGGGAGUCCUGGUGUGAAGUGCAGGGCUCAGUGGAUAAGACCGCUUUCCUUCAGUAUGACUGUGAGAGCAAUAAGAUCAAACCUUUGGGUCACCUGGGAAGGGAGGUGAAUGCCACCAAAACAUGGACACAAUUGACCGAAAUGCUGAGAGAACUGGGGCAAGAUCUCAGGAUGAUCCUGCUUGACAUAAACUUGGAACAAAAGAUGGCCAGGGGUCAUCUCACCCUGCAGGCCAAGAUGUCUUGUCAGCUUGAAGGAAAAAAUCACAUUGGUUCAUUCUGGAAUUUCAGCAUUGAUGGACAGCCAUAUCUAUGCUUAAAUGUGAUGCACAUGGAGUGGACAGUGAUUAAUCCCAGAGCCAGGGAGAUCAAGGAGAAGUGGGAGAAUGACAAAGAACUGACAGAACAUUUAAGGAAGGUCUCCAUGGGAGAUUGCAGUCACUGGCUCAGGGAAUUCUCAGAGCACUGGAAGGAAAUGCCAGCACCAACACCAACAGUCCCAGUUACCAGCGGGUCUCCACGUACCUCAUCUGUUUCAGUGACCAGCUUAGUGAUCAUCAUUGUCUUAAUUUUAGUCGUCAGUCAUCAUCAUCUUCAUGCCCAUCAAGUUCUAUAUGAAAUCAACAGACACCAUGAAAGAAGCUGUUCCAUCAUCUACUAUGUCUUCUGUGGACCAUGGGAAGGCAACAUCAUCAGACCACCCUUGGUGGCAAGAAAUGUCCUUAGAUGACAGUCUCUACUCUGCCACUCUUUCCAACAAACUUUUCUCCAUUUGAGUGAAACUGGAAAGGCUGUGGACAUGUUCCUUAUUUGUAGAGGAAGAUGAAUUAAAAGGAUAUUUAUCUUGGUUUAAUGAGGUUUAUCUAUGUAUUCACACUUAUUUUUGUAUACAAUUAAGUUACUGAUGGACAGAAAUCACAAGUCAACUGUGCUAACUCACUAGAUAUUAUGACACAAACGAUUAAGGCCACAGCCUGAA